AGUAAAGUCACUUAAAUCGUACACGAAGAAAAAGUUUACAGUAGCACACACAACACAUUGGAUCGUACUGUAUGGCUGGCUUGAAUAUAACAUACUUUGAUGCCCUUAAUAUAGAAUUAUGAUUGUUUCAUCACAGUACAGCUUCUAACAUCAGGGAUAUAAUAUCUCGUGAUGGUGCAACUACACCUGAAGCGUGGCGACGAGAGCCAGUUUCUGCUGGACACCACCGCGGACGUCUCCGUGGAGAGCCUGGUCCAGCAAGUCGCAGUCGUUUACAACGGGAGGCUCAAAGUGGAAAGGAUAUGCUCCGAGAUGCCAGAGCUGGCUGAGCACGGGGUCACACUCCCUCCCAACAUGCAGGGCCUGACGGAGGACCAGGUGGUGGAGCUGAAGCUGAAGGAUGAAUGGGAAGAGAAGUGUAUUCCCAGCGGUGGAGCGGUGUUUAGCAAGGAUGAGAUCGGGAGAAGGAACGGACAUGCACCAAACGACAGGAUGAAAGAAGUGCUGAAGAAAACGAUGGAAGAGGCAAAGGCAUUAGUCUCCAAAAAACAAGCGCAGGCCGGUGUUUGCGUUACCGCUGAGAUGGUGAAGGAAGCCCUGGAUCAGCUGAGGGGCGCAGUCAUGAUCGUGUACCCCAUGGGGCUUCCUCCUCACGACCCAAUCAGGAUGGAGCUGGAGAACAACGAAGACCUCUCAGGAAUGCAGGCCUCUCUGCAGGUGGUCCCGGAGCAGGAGUGCCAGCUGUGGUGGGCUGCCAAGGAGCUGCACAGGGAGAAGAAACUACAGGACUACAUCGGCAAAAACGAGAAGACCAAGAUCGUAGUCAAAAUUCAAAAGAGAGGCCAGGGGGCGCCAGCGAGAGAGCCUGUCGUCACAGAUGACCAACAGAAGGAAAUGAUGAUGCACUACUACAGAAGACAGGAGGAGUUGAAGAAACUGGAGGAUGCAGACGAUGACAGCCACCUGGACUCUGAUUGGUCGGACAGACAGGCCCUGAAGAGGCAAUUUCAAGGCCUCAACAACAUCAAAUGGGGUCCGAGAAAGUAAAGAGACCUCCGAAACUUGGGACCUCCCACUUCUCUCGACCAGCCUUAACCGCUCAUCAGAGCUCUCUGUGCCUUGUUUUAAUCAACGUCUUCUCGGCUGAGUUCCAACAACAACAGAGUAGCCAGCCGUAAUGUUGUCUUGUUGUUACAGAAGAAAACCUGGACAUCCUAUUGUUGUAGAUUCAACUUGAUGCUUAGUUUGGUAUUCUGUUGGACGGUCCGUGGCGACUUACGUAGAGAGGAGAUUGCAAUGUUAAACAGACAUGUUUGUUCUGUGUUUAAACCCUAAGCAUUCUGAGUGAAUAAUUAUUAUUUUUUUAACUUGUUUGUUCUUCAUAGAAUUUGUCACUUGUUUUAUUUAAACUUCACUGAAAUAAAUCAAAUACAAUGA